CAUUAGCAAGCUGAAGGGGGAAAGUGGCGGUGUCAGUGCGUGAAGAUGAUCAUUUAUUUGCAUUUAGUGGCAAUGGCAUCAGGCAGCUCCAGAUAAUCAGAUGCUUCUGGGGAAUUCAAGGGAAAUGUUUAACCUAACGAAGGCAAUUUCCAACCGGCAUCUCUCACCGUGGAGAUCUCUGAGGGAGUGCUUAUUUAUUGACCUGCUGGCAUAAUUAACGUUAGCGGGAGUCUGAUACCUUUUUUUUAAUUAUCGAGGCUGAAUUCCUCAUUGAAGGGAUUUAAGAAUCGCACGUGAGUGGGUUCAGGUGUUAGGGUGAGCCGACUGGAAUCAUCUGAGGAUAACUCCUGAGUUGUAGAGAAAUUUUGUCGAGCUUUUGGCUGGCGUCCGCUCCCUGAGGUGGUUGGGUUUGGUUCGACCGUCCCCCGUCACGCCUCACCCGGGUUUGCACGGUACAGUACUCGUUUCUCCACUAUGCACAGUUUCAAAGACAAGGUUUAGUGUUUAGUUUGAGUGCCGUGCGGUUUCUUUUCACUUGGUGGUCACGGACGACUUGGAAGAGCCCAUGGGCGAAAGAAAAAUGUCUGAAAAAAGUGAAUCUCUACCGAAGAGAAAAUCCAAGUACGUCAAAACACAGCCAUUGUACCAGAAUUACUGGUUCCAGUCCAUGCACAGAGCUCCCACAAAGCCAGCACCUGACCCUUCAGUCGUGGAUGCAACUCUAUCCCUCGCUGGCUUGGUUGCAUCCUCCAUUGUGAAUACCUCCUCCCAGCUUUCUCCCAAAGACUCCAGCUUCUUGUUCUGGCAUCAGGUCCCAGAGGUGAAGAACAGUGGCUUGUUGGACGUGCUUACCGCCCAGGAGCACAAGCUGCAGGAGGCAAUGUUUGAAGUUAUCACAUCAGAGGCUUCCUACCUGCGCAGUUUGACGGUGGCUGUCAAUCAUUUCAGUAAGUGUCCAGAGCUGUUGAACGUACUAACUCCCACAGAGAGGCACACGCUGUUCUCCAACAUGCCGGAAGUGAAAGAAGCGAGUGAGAGGUUAACUUGCAUUUUGUGGUUGUCGGACAGGUUUCUGCUGGACCUGGAGGAACGUCUGGAGGAGAACGUCUUUGUCAGAGACCUCAGUGACAUCGUGCUGCUGCACUGCAUUGAUUUUCGCAGGGUCUACGUCCCGUACGUCACCAAUCAGAUGUACCAGGAGAAGAUGCUGCAGCAGCUCAUGCUGAAUGACGGAUUUGUACAGGUCCUGAAGAAGCUGGAAGUUCAACCUCUGUGUCAGCGGCAGCCUUUGAAGUCCUUCCUCAUCUUGCCGUUCCAACGUAUCACAAGACUGAAGAUCAUGCUGGCGAAUAUCUUGGUGUUGACCUCACCAGAAUGUCCGAUGUUGGGAUCAGUCAGGAAAGCUGUGGAAGCAAUUGAGGAGAUCGUGCGUACAUGUAACGAGAAUGUAAAGAUGAUGCGGCAAAUUGAGGAGCUGGUCUCUCUGGAGAAGAGGCUGGAAUUCAUCAGCACCAAGGCCCUUCCUUUAAUCUCCCAAACACGAUUCCUGGUUAAAGAAGGGGAGCUGAAUGAGCUAUCUGUCCCUGGAUAUAGACACAAACUGGGAAAUGCACCUAAACCAAUUUACCUUCAUCUAUUUAAUGACUUGCUGUUGCUGUCUCGGAAAGAAGAAGACAGGUUUUCUGUUGUGGACUACGCCAGGACCUCCAGGGUGGGAGCUGACUGCCUUGAGGCAGCCUCACUGGUUUUUAAGCUGUGCCUGUCCGAGAAUCACAAAGGAGCCACCAGGAAUUUAAUCUUGGGAGCAGGAAAUGUAUCUGAGGCCCGGGAGUGGGUGGCAGCCAUUUGUGCUCAAAGAGCUGGAAGUGAAUCACAGAACAAGAGAAUGCUGGAAAAUGCCGGACGCUAACACGCCUCGGUGUUGGAAGGGUUGAAGUGGACUCUGUGUCUGAUCUGCCUGUUCCCCGUCCACCUGUCAGUUGUGUUGCUUGCUGCUGAACAGUGAUUGCAAUGCUGAGGGAGAUUGAUUGGUUUGAACCCUGUCUAACUCUCCUGCACAUUAUGAAGCUGUAAUAUGCCACAAAACUAAUGUCUAAUAUGCGAAGGUUAAAGGGCAAGUUGGACAACAAGCUGGCGUGUAAAAGUGAGCAACUUUUAUCAUGUUUCUUUUGGGAAAUACACUGGAGAACUUGGAUCUGACAAAAAUGUUGGGUGCUUGGGAGAUUGGAUGGCAUGGGAUCAAAGAUUACUGGAUGGUCCUAGUUCUAAGCAGUUAUUGAAAGUUGCAAUAUCACAGCAGUCUAAUAUAGUGAUUCUAUAUUUUGUCAUAAAGGUCCUAUGGAAUUGCUUUAUAUUAAGUUAUACAACAAGGCCAGAAGUUCUGAUCUUGACAUUUGGAUUUGUUGGACUUUCAUUGCUCCAGUACAAACCUCCUCUAUCUUCUCACAGUAGCACCUCGCCCAUUCGGACUUCUGAUGAACCAGGUCUUGUGCAAUGUUUAACUACUCGGGCCUCUACUUCAUAGAAUCCUGCGGACAUUUCUGGAGACUGGCAUUUAUUACUGCAUUUGUGAAAAUAUGCAAAUAAUUUGCUUCUAUUUAUUAUCCUGUGCAGAGAGCUAAUAAAGG